UUUACGCGUGACGAUGUCUGCCACUCGCUACCGUCGCUUCCUCAAGCUAUGUGAGGAAUGGCCACGCGACGAGAGCAAGAAAGGUCGGGAUUUAGGAACGUUUCUGCGGCAGCGAGUAGCAGCCGCUUUCCGCGAGGGGGAAAAUACUCAGAUCUCCGACACAGAAAAGUGCGAUCAGACUUAUGAAAGUCUGGCAAGAAUUAAUGCAAACACGUACAAACAGCGAUUUCCUCGUGUGAGAGACACAAGCUUCACUGGAGUCACAGCAGAGGAGUGCAAAUUAAUGUUGUCAGGUAGUGCGCAGCAGUCAGAUGAUGAUAAAAAGAGUUUGUGGAAAACCUUAACAGAGAGGUUUUCCUCCAAGUCAACAGAGGAGGUUCCGGAGAAAGCCCCUGAAAAAUAACUAUUUAUAUACUGUACUUAUGUUAAUUUGUAUGAAAAUAAAUAUUAUUGUUGCUA